CGCAACAUGUCUGUACUGUGCCGUGUUUACUGGGGUUUCUUUGCUGUCUUCUGCAUCUCUGCCUCCACAACUUUAUGCACACAAGUGGAAUGGAAGAAUGCAGGGGCAUCCAUCACCAUCAAAUGUGGAUUUAAAAAUAAAGAUGCUAGUUCAAUAACAGUGAUGAAAGUGAUGAAAGGCCUGAAUAAAAACAUUAACUUUUUCUACAAAAUGAGAGAUAAGAAAACCAUCCUUGCUUUUUCUGAUAGAACAAAGACUUAUGGAACGUUCCCCAAUUUUCAAAUUCUGCUGACGAACCUGACAAUAAAUGACACUGGGGUGUACUGGUGUAUGUAUAGAGAUGAAAUAAUGAAAGAAGCUGAUGGUGACGGAUCCUUGCUGUUGGUUGUAAGAGAUCCCAUCCAUGGAGGAGACAAGCGUACAGAUUCAACUGAAUCUUGCAACCCAACCGAGCCAGACAAAAACCUGAUAUUGACAUCUGUGGUCAUCUCAUCUACAGUGCUGUUCGCUAUCUUUGUAGCUUUGCUUCUGUUGGCAAUCCGAAAGAUCAAGUAUUUCCGUGGAGAAAAUAAAUCAAGGCCUGUUCCUCGUAAUGAUGUGUAUGAAGACAUGCGAAGCACCAUAAGACGCUGAAGAAGAAGAAAAUAUGUGUUUCUGUGAUGGUUUCUUGUCAUUCAAGCUGUCAGUGAAAAUCUGUAUUGUUUGAGCCACCUUACAAAUAUGCACAUAAUAUGUUUGUGUAUCCUUGUGUAUAUUGUGUAGCUGUAUUGUAAAUAUU